AUGAGAAUUCCAAGCAAGGUUGGCAGGAUACCUAUAAUCAAGGAAGAAGGGAUAAUGGAGGGAACCAAAGAUGGAACAACAACCAUCAACAAUAACGAUACCAACAAAACUAACCAUACCCUCAACAUAACCAAGGCAAACCAUACCAAACUUACCAACCACCACACCAAAGGCAAGCACCCCAACCAAAUCAACCACAAACCCCUCAAAUCACCUAUCCUUCAAGGACAAAAAGAACUUCAAACAACCCUUGCCUCUAGUCUCACCGGUCUUACAUCCACUCUUCAAGCCCCUGUAGCCCGCUUGAAACCACCCUCUACCCCCACUCCUCAAGCCUCAAGCUCUAGUGCCUUACCCUCUCAACCUUUACCCAACCCUAAGGGUGGCAUCAAUGCUAUUACCUUGAGGUCUGAAACCAAAUUGCAAGAGAGAAUUGAGCCAAGCCCAAUAGAGAUCACUCAAGAUGAAGAUGUGGUUGAGAUAGAAGAGGUUAAAGAAGAGAAUGAAGCCCAAGAGGUAGUUAAAGAGAUGAUCACUCAACCAAGGGGAGGAAAAUCUAAAGAUGGUGAUGUCUUGCAAGAAGCCGCUCCAAUACCAUUUCCUACAUUGGCAAGGAAAACCAAGAAGCAAGUUGAGUUGGACCCUAAAAUGGUGGAGAUGUUCAAGAAAGUUAAGGUAACUAUACCUCUCUUUGAUGCUAUCCGCCAAGUGCCUAAAUGUGCAAAGUUUCUAAAGGACUUAUGUAUGCACAAGGAGAAAAUUUGUGAAUUAGAAACUAUACCAUUGGAAAGCUCAAUUUCCGCUUUAAUGGAUGGUGUGGCAAAAAAAUGUGGUGAUCCCAACCCUUGCCUAGUGACUUGCACCAUAGAUGGAGUCCAAUUUGUUGAUUGUAUGUGCAAUCUUGGUGCUUGUGUAAGUAUUAUGCUAUUGUCCGUAUAUGAGGUUCUCAAGCUUCCACCGUUAAAACGAUUGGCUGCUCGAUUUGUUUUGGCGGACAAAAGCCGUGGUUGGACAUCAUCAAUGUUGCUUGGGAGGCCAUUCUUGAAGACAUCCUGGUUCAAAUCAGAUGCAUUUUUGGGCACUUAUUCGUUUGAGAUCGAUGGAAGAAAGGUGAGCUUUAAUCUUGAUAAAGCCAUGCGGCAUCCACUGGAGGAUCACUCUAUCUUCCGGUGUGAUUUGAUUGAUAAUGUUGUAGCCGAAGUUCACCAAGAUGGCUGA